AUGUCAACCCGCCGAUCUGGACCAGCGUCAAUGCAGCAGCUGCAACCGCAGCUGUCCAUUUCCUACGGGGAGCCGGAGAAGAAGCAGCGCAGCAAGUGCAUGUCCUUUGUGUGCUGCAUGUGGAAGGUAUUUACCUGCAUUUUCUCGCACGUGACGCUGGUGGCGACGGUUGUGGCGUACUGUUUCCUGGGAGCAUUUACGUUCGAACACUUGGAGGCAGAAAACGAGCGAAAUGUUAAAAAAGGCAUCAGUUCGAUUCGCGUGAACCUUACUGACGCCAUCUGGAAAAUGACCAACGAUCGCCCCGUUCUUCACCAGCAGAACUGGACCUCAGCGGCCAUCAUGCAUUUGCAGUCAUUUGAAAAGGAAAUACUCACUGCCAUGAAGAAGGACGGUUGGGACGGCAACGAAGACGUAGACCAAAUACAGUGGACCUUUUUUGGCGCCCUAUUUUAUUCCAUUAUCGUCAUAACUACGAUCGGCUAUGGCCAUAUAGCGCCGAAAACAUAUAUGGGCAAAAUUUCGACCAUCUUUUACGCAAUUCUUGGCAUUCCGUUAAUGCUGCUAUGUUUAUCCAACAUCGGCGACAUUAUGGCCAGCUCGUUCAGGUUUCUUUACUGGCGUGUUUGUUGCUAUGUGUGUACACGUGAGCCCAAGCGAUCCAAUUCCAGGCGCGGCCGAAACAAUCGGGGAACAGUUAGGCAAGGACGAAGCAGCAUGCGGUCCGGCCAGGGACCAGGAACCAAUUUGAGGCGAUCGGUACGUAACUCCCAGCGCUCGGCCGACUCUGGGUUCGAUCCUUACUACGAGCCUGGAUUGCCCCACGCUUACUCCGACAAUGAUUGUAGAUACAAUCCUGCGAUGGAAGAUUCAUUUUAUCCGGAAAACGAGCGCACCAUGGGCCAUCAAGGAAACUCGAAGUACGAACCGCAAAUGCCAAACGGCGCCGGUGCUUUGCGGCCGAAAGGUGGCCGUGGUGGUCCACCGAAUCCGGAACAGUUUGCUAACGAUGGUUAUCCACGAGGAUCGCAACAGUUCAAGCGUUCCCAGCCACAGUCUCGUGCCGAGUCGAUGGGACUAGACCAUUCGCAAAGGUCACUGCAGAAGCCGCGCCAAAAUGACUCCAAUUAUCGCAAAGCAGCCGGAGUGAGGGCGCAGUCGCUCGACCGACGUAUGUUCCGUCAGGACUCUCAAAUGGUCGACAUGGAAGACGAGUCUCCGUGCAAGACGCCGGUCCUCUGCAACAAGUACGCUAUAGACGAACAGGAUGAUGCCAGGCGGUCCCCGAGGCCGAAUCCUCGCAGUCAGUCGAUGCCGCGGCAAACUCGAUACGGCGAUCGUCUGAUGCCAGACAGAUUGCCCUACUACACGGAGGAUAACGAAAUGGCUGAAAUGCAAACGGUGCGCAAAUCUAUACCGAGACGACGCGAGCCUCGGCCAGUACCAGCACCAUCACCACGGAUCAUGUCGCCAAUGGGAUUUGCGGUCCAUCGACAGGCGCGCCAUCUGCAAAACGUGAUGGACGACAAUUCGCUGUACGAUGACGACUGGGACAUGCAUAGUGGCGAAUUGCCUCCGUCGUCAAUAGUGCGGCCCGUGCCGAUUUGGUUGUGCGUUUUCCUCGUCGUCAGCUACAUCAUUGCCGGGGCAUUUAUGUUUUCCGAAUGGGAAGAGUGGAGUUUCCUCGAUUCCGCCUAUUUCUGCUUCAUCACGCUGACAACUAUCGGUUUCGGAGAUUUCGUGCCUGCCCAGGGCGUGAAAAAUGAUUCCGAAAUAUCGAUAGCACUUUGCUCGCUGUAUUUGCUGUUCGGAAUAGCGCUCCUGGCCAUGAGCUUCAAUCUGGUGCAGGAAGAAGUGAUUUCCAACGUCAAGAGUGUCGCCCGGCGGCUGGGUAUACUCAAAGAAGAGGAAAUAGAUGAUUAG